ACAUAUCAAAUUAUAUUAAAAAAAAAUUACCCCAAAUCAUUUCUCUUUAUUUAAUUUGUUGGACCAGCCAACACGCAUUAUCAAUUUUGUCUGCAAAUAUUAUGAGGGAAAUAAUAAUACUUCUAUCACCAGCUGUAUAACCCCUAAAAUGUCUACCAUUUGGAGAGAUAUUCUUUCUAUUGGCAGGGAAAAUGAAAAAGCAAAAACAUGCUUCAUUGAUGGAUUCCCCAGACAGAUCAGUGAUGGAGCAAAAACCAAUUUCUGGUCUGACGUGUGGUUGGGCAGCUCCUCCUUCAAACUGGAAUUUCCACGAUUAUACAACCUUUCCCUCGAUAAAGAAAUGUCAGUUGCUGACCUCAAACCAUCUAAAGGUCAAGGAUGGCAUUUCAAUUGGCGUCAUGAACCAUUUGGGAGAGAGCUGGACGAAUACAAGAGAUUAGAGGACACUCUAAAGCCUAUUAACAUCCAUGACACCAAGCCAGAUAACUUCAAUUGGAUACACUGCCCAUCAGGAUACUCAGCAAAAUCAGCCUACCAAAUUCUUGAAAACCCCACCACUUGUCUUCAAGGCAGUAUUUGCAGCUUGAUUUGGAACCCGUUGGUGCCCUCUAAAGUUAGCUUCAUGAUUUGGCGCCUCUUCCUAAACCGCCUUCCAACUAAAGACAACCUAUGUCUUCCAGGAGUAAAUUUAACAAACAAUCCAAACUGCGUGUUCUGUGGUGAUCAUCCAGAGGACGCAAAUCACAUCUUUGCCAAAUGCAGACAAUCUCAAAAACUAUGGAGCAAAAUAUGUCACUGGUGGGGUUUCCUUUUUGUUCCCCCAGAUAAUGCCUUUGCCAUGCUCCACCAGCUUAGUUCGCUGCAGGUCCCCAAGAAAGCAAGAAGGAGCUGGAACCUCACAAUCUCAACAGCUGCUUGGUCCAUUUGGGUAAGCAGAAAUGGUAUUAUUUUUGAAAAACAGCCUUGGAAUGAAAACAGAUUGAUUGACUUAAUUCAAUCUAGAACUUUCUGCUGGAUCAAAGGAAACUCUACAUGUGCUAAGUUCAAUUUCGUGGACUGGUGUCAAUUCCCACUCCAUUGUGCAAUUGAUUUUUAACUUAUUGAACUUUUAAUGUAAUGUAUAGGUAGUACCUCUUGUACUCUUUUAUUAAUAACACUUUUGAUUCAUA